AUGAAUUCCGACGUCGAAACCGCUGUCGAAUCCAGCCAUGAUCGGGGCUCGAAAGAAGAGUUGGACGCCGAGACCAAAGCAAACGCCACGUCUUCAGACCCCAAUGUCGUUGACUGGCAGGAAAAUGACCCGGAGAACCCUUUGAAUUGGCCUGCUUAUAAGGCUGUAGCUCAUGUUGUUAUCAUCUCUUUCAUGACCCUCACUGUUAACCUCGCCGCGACCAUGUUCGCCCCGGCCGCAUCCGAUCUUGCCAAAGAUUUCGGCAUCACAAACUCGACAGUCGUGACCCUCGCCGUUUCGAUCUACCUGUUGGGGUUCGCCUUCGGGCCCCUGCUGAUUGCGCCUCUAUCAGAAUUGCACGGAAGGUACUGGAUAUACAACGUUUGCAACCUUAUUAUCUUGGGUAUGACCUUAGGCUGUGCAAAAGCUCCCAACUUGGGAGGUUUCUUGACUUGCCGCUUCCUCGCCGGUGUAGCUGGUUCUGCUCCGUUGACAAUCGGGGGCGGCACGAUUGCCGAUGUGACCACCCCGAACAACAGAGCGAAAGCAAUGACGGGUUGGGCUCUUGGGCCUCUCCUCGGACCCGUCCUUGGUCCAAUUGCUGGUGGCUUCAUAAGUGCUCAUCUAGGCUGGCGAUGGACAUUCUGGAUAAUUGCAAUUCUGAGUGGCGUUAAUAGCAUUAUCUGUGUCCUAUUUAUGCGAGAGACCUAUGCACCAACCAUCUUAGCCCACCGAGCCGCGCGACUUCGCAAGGAGACUGGCAAUGAGAACCUUCGACCAGCUGGAGCUCGCUCUAUCAACACCUCGACCCUUAUCCUGCAGACCAUCACUAAGGCCAUCACCAUGCUCUUUACCAGUACCGUUUUGUUCCUACUGUCACUGUUUAAUGCCUUUGCAUUCGGUCUUCUGUACCUUCUAUUCACUACCUUCCCCCAGGUCUUCGAAGGUCAGUACGGCUUCGGCACCGGCGUCUCCGGCUUGAGUUACAUUGGAGUCGGGACAGGCAUGUUCAUUGGCCUCUUUACCUUCGGUAUCACCGAUAAAAUGAUGAACGCCAAAAAUGCAUCUCCCAAGCCCGAGACUAGGCUGGUGAUGACAAUGGUUGCAACUCCACUCCUUGCUGUUGGCUUGUUCUGGUACGGUUGGUCCGCAAAGGAGAAGGUCCACUGGAUUGUUCCAGUAAUAGGAACCGCCUUCGUCGGAUUCGGCAUCUUGGCCAUCAUGCUGCCCUCUCAGCUAUAUGUCGUCGACCUCUUUGGCGCACAAGGGGCUGCUUCAGCUCUUGCCGCGCUCGCUGUGUUCCGCUCUUUGUUUGCCGCAUUCCUUCCUCUGGCUGGACCACCUAUGUACGAUAAUCUGGGCCUUGGUUGGGGAAACUCUGUCUUGGGCUUCCUCGCUGUAGCCUUCAUUCCACUACCUAUCCUCUUUUACAAAUUUGGGGAGAGAUUAAGGAAUAGGAAUUGA